GUAGCAGGGGUUUGAAGAUGGAGCCGGAUAUUUCUCGAAGCGUUUUUGAGUGGGUGGUCAUGUCUUAAAACAUAAAAGCCCAUCUUUGAAUUGGGGUUAAUCUGUAGAGUGUCGCCCACCAGGUCAUCCGGCUGAAAACUGAAGACCAAUAACUGAGUAUUUUUAUUAUUUUGAAUUUAACAAGGUGAAGGGCUGACUCUGUUUGACGCAUGCAGAAGGAGCGAAUAGGCGAUGGUUUUUAAACAAUAUUUGAGUUGGUGUGGGUGUGUAAACGUAAUGGGCAUGGCGGAGACCACAAAGAAUCUGAAAAUGUCGUCGUCUCAAUAUGUUUGUCUCUCCGAAUCUGCCGCCCUUUCAGUCCUUGCUCAAAUCGCAAGGCCCCUUCCCCUCCUCCAUUUCUACGCUUCAUGCCCCUUCCCCUCCUCCAUUUCUACGCUUCAUAUUCUUCUUCAACAUGAGCUCUCCCCAACCACUUUCUCAGGAACUAUAUAUUCGUACCCGAGAGAAUCCUUACUUCAAUGGUCCGUUAGUAAAAGAUGGUGCUUUGGUGGUUGAAUCUUCUAACUUUGACUUGGGAGGUAUUUCUGGCAUCCAGAAGAUUUCUUGGUCUAAAUCAGAUAUUGGUGACUCAAGGCACAAAAACCUUGAUUUGGAUAUAUUUGAGAAGUUCAUGGAAUCACCAUCAGAUGAUUCAGUCUUAGAUCUCAUUCUUGAACCAUUUAACCCAGCAUCAUAUGAGAGUUGGUCAAAUGUCUUCCCAAACAUUCAGUCAGAGUCAAGCUUUCAUUUGGGUAAUUCAAGUGAUUCAAUCAAAGACCCACUUCAUCAUUCUGUUCCUUCUCUGAUGAGAACUGCACGUGAAAAAUCAUAUAAGGUUAACAAAAUAAAAACAAGCUUGUCAAAAAUUCCACUUCCUCAGUCUGCAGCUUCAUUUUACAAUGGACAUUCACCACGAAUGGAAAUUGUAGAAUCCUGUGAAAGCAUUAACAGUCUUAAUUUAUUUCUCAAAUCAAAAAGGGAUGAGGUCGAUGCUGGUGUUCCAGGAAGAUUCCUUCAUACUGUUUUUGGGCAAGAUAUCUCUGAUGUUGGAUCUGUUGCUUCGACAAUCAUGUAUGCCUUCUACUUGAAUGAAAUGCUUGAAAGUCACGAAUUAUGCACUGUUCCUGUCAUCAACAUGAAGAGGACAGAGCUGAAUUCACAUGCUGAAUUAAAAUGGUUGUUGGAUUCUUGUCAAAUCGAUCAGUCAUUCUUAAUCUUUAUUGAUGAAAUUGAUCUAUCAUAUUAUGACUUGUUUGGGAGUCUUAAGCUAGUUCUGUUAAAUGGUCCCAAGCUCCCAGCAAAACAGGAGGCACUAAAAGAAUCAGUAAUCGAAAUCUUUAAUUGCAGACAGAGUGAACGUGUGUACCCUUGGGUUAAGAAAGUUACUGUGGGGCAGGAGUGCUCAUCUUGUACACUUAUUGCUGAAAAGUUUGCAAUGACCUCGCCUGAGAUUUUGGCAGGGCAAGGAUUCAGCCGACUUUUGUUAGCUGGCAUCCUGUUAGACACUGGAAAUCUAUCAAGUCCUCAUUCUACCACCAAGGAUAAAUACAUGGCUACAUUGUUGGUCAAUGGCGCUGGUCGUUUUGGAUGCAAUGGCCUGUACCAGAUAUUGCGAUAUAAACUAUAUGAUAUUUCUGAGCUGAGAGUAUCUGAUAUUUUGGGAAGAGAUUUCAAGAAGUGGACAAGAGUAGGUAAGCUAGACAAUGCUGGUUCAAGGUUAGUGGUUUCACAAGUUGGAAUGAGUUCUAUUGGCAUUUCAGUGGAGCAGCUUCUUGCACAUGGUGAUGCCUCAACUCGGGAAAUAAAACAUUUUCAGCAAAUGGAGAAACUUCGUCUGCUCAUGAUUGUUUCAGGAUAUUAUGAUCAUCAGAAGAAUUUCAAGAGAGAGAUACUAGUCUCAACUGAAUCUGUGGAGCUCAUGAAGAAUUUACUUUUCUUCUUCAAUUCGAAUGCUUCUCAACUGCCUCUCAAAGUUCUUCAUCAGCCAGGACUGGGGGAAGAGAUGAGAGCGUUUGAGAUUGAUAAGGUUACAUCAAGGAAGACUAUCGAGCGCCUCAUGGAAGAGUUUGGAGGCGCAUCCAAGGUUAAUGUGGGUUCACGACCAAAACAACAACAAUAUGAAUAUGAAGAUUGAUUAAAUUGAUUGGUAUCAAAUACGAUAGGCAAAAGCAAAGCUCCAUCAGCUAGCUAUCUGCAAAAUAAAAUAAAGAUAGAGAUGCCUUUGGAGAGACGGGUACCCCUUUUUUUUUUUUUUUUCGGUUCGGAGGCACGGAUUUUUAUAUUUGUAAUUUUAAUUUCUGUGAGAAACUCAACAAACAAAUGAUCUUCGGAUUUUCUUAAAUUCAUAUUAAC